GCUCGUUAGCAGGCCUGCAAAAAACUGGACAAGCAAUUAAUCUGAAUCAGGUGUGCUGGAGUUGGACAGACCUAAAACAUGCAGCGCAGUGGUCCCAAAGGACCAGGAUAGAGAAACACUGGUUUAACUUUUUAACUUAUUUUCAUGUCAAUAUAAACAUUUUACAAUUUCCCUUCGAAGAUUAAAGUGAAUUUAAUUCGUAAGCAUUAAUGGUCUGGCUGCCAUGUUGUGCCGAACACAUUGACUUUGCCAAGAAGAGCUUUAUGGAUGAGACGGGACUAUCGAGCGGGGUGUGUCAAAACUCUGCAGGACUGAGCUGUGGUACACAGGUGUUUGACUGGUGUCCACAGCAGCAGCAGUACCUCAAUUUGACCAGCGGGGGGCGAAACGACAGGCAACACACUCAAACCACCACUGCUGCUGCGUCGUCCAUCCAUCCUCUUGUCCCCCUCCUUGUCUACAGCGACAAACACUUCCCUCCUUCCACCCUUAACAACCAGCCAAUCAGCUCGUCCGCUGCCUGGCAGGCUGACGCUUCCUCCGGGUCACGCUCCGAUUACCACGGCAACAGUGUUUCUAGCAGCAGGCAGCCAGUGAAGAAGCCUCUGAACGCCUUCAUGCUGUAUAUGAAGGAGAUGAGACACAAGGUGGUCCAGGAAGGACGGGAGAGGGAGAGCGCCGCCAUCAACCGCAUCCUGGGACGCAGGUGGCACGCUCUGUCUCGCUCUGAACAGUCCAAAUAUUAUGACCUGGCCCAGAAAGAGAGGCUCCUCCACAUGCAGCUUUACCCUGGAUGGUCGGCCAGGGACAACUACGGGAGGAGGAAGAGGAGGCAGAACCAACAACGUUCAGGAAGCUGCUCCAGCUGGACUCUGACAGCUGGAUGAUGUCUCUGUUGGACUGAAGACACUCAUUUGUUUCUGUAAAUCUCUGAUCCCACAACUUUAACCAUCAGGACCAAAUGUCCCGUCCUAAUGUCAACCUUUAAUCUGUCCUUUUUAUCGGUGUUGACCAACCCGUCGAGGCUGCAUUGGUUUCUUCCUGCGAGCUUCAACAUUUGUGUGGUUUGUGCUGAAAUAAACUUGUACAUCAUCAUUAAAGUA